GCUGGGCCCGGCCCGGACCCAGAUCCCUCUUGUCCGGGCGCCAGCCCCGUGGGAAAGGACCUGUGGAGGAGGAGGAGGAGGAGGGAAAAGAGGAAAAAAAGGAAGAGGAGGCGCCCGGCAGAUUGGCCCCCUCUGGAGGCUUUGGGGACCAGUGGAACUGGAUCCUGGGGAGGCUCAACCUUCGGAAGUGCUCUGGAUCCGGAUGCCAGGGGCUGCAGGACGGACCAUCGACGAGAUGAUGCCAGAGGGGACGCCCGGCACCCCUGAACCGCGACACUGACCACUGUGGUUGGGAUGUGGGAAGGCAGAAACAGUCCAUUGCUCCCGCUGCCAUGGCCACCAGCCGGUCCCCGCUGCCCAGCCCCUCCCCCCAGGAAAGCCUGGCCACCGCGUGCCAUGCCCACCUGCACCUCCGCUGCCAGCCGCUGUCUCGCAGCUCAUCCAGCCUGCUGGGGCCCAGGCCAGCGGAUGCCCAGGAUGGUCCCGGCAGCCGGACGGAGCUCAGAAAGAGCACCAGUAGCACCGUCUGCCAGGGCUCACUGGGGCAAGGAGAGCUCCAGGGGACGCUCAGGGCCGACCUGCCCCCCAGCGCGGGCAUCUCCCCCGAGAGACGUGUGGGUGAGGAGGCGGAGGAGCCCGCCGGCAUGGCCGACCACGAUCCACCUGAGGUCUGGUCCCCCGGAGCCUGGGGAACGAGAGGCCUGGGGGUCUACGGGAAGAGCAGCAAGGAGGAGAAUGUCGCCCCCGAAGGCGCCAUGCAGAGGAGUCACUCGGACCUCACUCACGCGGACAGGACCCCCGGCAGCAUCCCUGCCAAGGAAGCCAGUGCCAGCUGCUCUGCAUUGGGCACCUUGUCUGGGGCUCUGGGCUGCCACGCAGGGAGGUGGUGUGGUGGGCUGAUGGGACAGGAAAACAGAAACCGGUUCGUUCCGAUGACCCUCCCGGCGGGCCCUAAUGCCUCCACCGGCCGGGUGGCUGGCGGGCCUGCCCCGCCAAGUGCCACAGGGUACAGCGACCCGGGACCCCUCCUAUCCCCUGUCCCGGGAGCCCGACUUUCCAGAAACAGCUGUCUCUAUUCACUCGUGUUCCCGCAAGGCGGUGGGGCCUACGGGACCCUUCCCGAUGCCCCGCGCCCGGUUCCCGUCCUGCCGAUCCACAGGCCGGCUGCCACUCCUUGCCCCGCGGGGGCCGUCGUCAAGGUCGGCGACACCUAUCCCGCGUACUGUCACCCUCUCCCGAUUCCCGCUGUCCAGCUUGUGUCCCAGCUGGGAGGCCCCGGGAGGGACGGGUCCGGCCCCAGCUGCUGGCAUGGCCCACCUCCCCUAGAGUCGCCGUCGUUUCCCCAGCUCGUGACUUCGGUCAGCGAGCCCGGACUGGGCAUCGGGCAGCUCGCCACAUGCUGCGGCUCGGCCGGGGAGUGGCCCGUCUCCGGUCACGGUUCCUCGCGGGCCCGGGUGGCUCCCUGGGAGAUCCCAGCAUGUCCGGCCUCAGGAGGGAGCCAGCCGGAGACAGGUCCGGCCACCAGGACGAAAGACGUGUGGACCAUGACCUCCUUGGGCGACCUGUCCCCGCGGUGCCAGGACGCAGAGGUGCAGACCGCCCCGCUGCCAGCCUGCAAGUCGGUGGGCACCAGCCCCCGGGCGGAGGGAGACGCCCUCCCUCACGUGUUCCCAGAGGUGAACCUGGAGCCGGGCCCGGCGGACGCCAAGUCUCCGGUGCGGGACGUGCGUUGGGACAACGAGGGCAUGACCUGGGAGGUGUACGGGGCAUCCGUGGACCCCGAGGUCCUCGGCUUGGCCAUCCAGAAACACCUGGAGAUCCAGAUCGAGCAGUUCCAGCUGGAGCCGUCCGAGGGGGCUCCCUCCGGCCUCAAGGACGCCCCGACCAAGGAGGCCAAGAGGAGGCCCUUCCGGACCGUGAUCCACUCCCUGAGCCGCCCCAGCUGCUGCGCCCGUUCCAGCACAACCUUGGAGUGAGCUGCAUUGUCCCUCCCCCGUCCCUGGACUGGCGGGCGGCGGGAGCCGACCGGGUUGACCCGGAGGGGCACAGCUGAAGAAGAUAUCGUCCACGAUGGCACAGACCUCAGAGGGGGGAGGAAGGGGGAAGGCCCGGCCUGUCCUUCUGGCUCAUGACCGCAAGAAGAGGCCGGGCCUCCCCACCCGAAGCAACCCAGUCCCAUAACCUGAGCUCCGGACAGCAACCCAAGAUCACGUCUUGAAUGCUGACUCGCUUCUCAUCCCCUCUACCUUCCAGGCCAAGGAAAUGCUCCAGGCCCCCGAACGACGAUGGGUGUUUGGUUCUCCCCAUGUCCGAUCCCUUCGGAACACGCCCACUGCACCUCUGCACCCGAUGGGGCUAGAUGGAGUGGGAAAGGAACAGAGUCCCCUUCUUGAACUGAAAUCCUCCAUUUACAGAUGAAUUUCCUGUGGAAACCUGGUCUGGUUCAUUCAGUGUUACAGGAUUUGACCUCAUUUCAGACCUAAUGCAGCCUCUCGCAACCUAGAUACCAAAUGUGCACGUCAGCAGGACUGAUUCUGUGGAGCGAAUAGGAGGCGGUGAAUUAAAGGGGCCUUGGGACCCCUGCCUACUACCAAGUCUACGCCUGAGCCCUUCCUAUCAGUCCAAAGGGGCUCCGGCCGUGAGCUUGAAGUGACCUGCACGGCGAAGCUGGUUUGGGGGCCAGGAGACGAUAGUGCUACCGAUGGAAUCCGGCCCUUCAGAAGAUGCCCGGGAUCCCAUCUGCUACAUCGUUUUCAUCUGGUCAGUUUUAAAGUUCUGACCCCAAGAAACCAAACUAGCCCCAGAUGACCCCCCGUAAAAGCCCGCUCUAAAGGGCUAAUUGGUUUCCCGGGGGGAUAGAGAUGUCCUUGCCCCAACUCCCAGGCAGGGCUGAGAGGCGGGAGGGAUGUGGUUUGCAGAAACACUUCGCCACCUUUGCGGGACCUUCCUAGGCAGAAGGACAAAAGUCUGGCUCUUUCAGAGAGAAACCAGAGGGCAGCUGCCAUCUGUGCUGGCCCUUCCCGGGGAAGGACGGCCGGGCCGUCUCCUUGGGUGCCACCCUGGUGCCGUUUGGUCAAGAGUGCCAUGGGCUAGUGGUGGUCAGAAAGCCAGGAGAUUCUCUUGGACGGGUGGCCCAGCCCCGGAGUCUGUGGGUCCCUGGUGUAUUCAUCUGUAAUAGUAAUAAGCGCUUUCUACCUGUCAAGAACUGUUCUAAGCACAGGGAUAGAUACAAAUUAAUCAGAUUGGACACCGUCUCUGUCCCACAAUCU